AUGGGAGUCAUGGCUGAGCUGGCCCUGAACCUGAGAUUUGAUAAACUGGAGCAGGAGCUGAAGGAGAUCAACUCAAACCGAGACACCCUCAGGCAGAACUUCACUCAACUAAUGGAGAUCAACCAUCUCCUGCAGAUGACUGAUGACUUUUUUGAGGAGGCUGAGUCCCAGCUCUCCAUCUCUGAGCUUCCUUCUGAAGACUCGGUGUACUCUUCCAAGGUGACAUGCCGACGCACCAGUUACACCAGCACCAACGGACCCCUGAAACUUGGGUUUGUUGCAGGAGUCAUCAAGCAUGAACGUUUCCCUGCCUUCGAAAAGAUCCUGUGGCGACUGUUUCAUGGAAACUUUGUCCUCCGUCAUGCUGAAAUCAAGCCCCAUGAGGAGGAGAACAUGGCUGAGGAUCCAGUGAAGAAGGAUGUGUUCGUAGUAUUUGUCCAAGGAGACCAGAUCAGAGGAAAGAUCAGAAAGCUAUGUGAUGGGUGA